GAUGUCCAAUGCCAGGUCCGUGCACGUAUUCCGACCAUGGAAGGUGGUGAGAUGCACCUCUUUCUCUACAAGAACAACAAGGACACAAAAGAGCACAUGGCUAUUGUGUACGGAGAUGAUAUCCGGUCCAGUUCGCUUGACAAGACCUGGGAGAACGAGACGAUUAUGAACAGAGUUGUGCGCGGUGCAUAUUAUGGCCGUCUUGAAGAGAUCAUCACAGACGAAACACAGUAUACCCAACUAAAUGCUAAACAGUGGGCUCGUUUGGCACAACAACAGGCUAUUGCCAAGGAAGCCUGGCGCCCGGUUUCAGAGGCUCCGCUUGUACGCAUACACUCCGAGUGUUUCACGGGAGAAACUGUUCACUCUGCUAGAUGUGAUUGUGGAGAGCAGCUGGAUGAAGCUAUGAGGUUGAUGCAACAGGCAGGAAGAGGUGUAAUUGUAUAUUUACGACAAGAAGGACGGGGUAUUGGAUUAUUAGAGAAAUUAAAAGCGUAUAACCUUCAGGAUCUGGGCCAUGACACGGUUGCUGCAAACUUACUGUUGGACCAUCCAGCAGAUGGUCGCACGUACGAUAUUGCCAAUGAUAUUCUCAAAGAUCUUGGUUUGUCAGAAGUGCGAUUGCUGACCAAUAAUCCAGAUAAAAUUGAACAGCUUGAGGCAUUUGGAGACAUCAAAGUGGUCGAUAGAAAAUCAAUGGUACCUCAGUCAUGGUCCUCCUCUCCGCCACUCUCACACACACCCCAGUCCACUCCUAAGAAAGAGCUUGAUAGAUACCUUGCUGUCAAGGUUACAAAGAUGAGACACAUGCUUGAUCUUCCAACAUCCAUA